AUGGCGUCAGGCAUGGAUUAUGGCAAGGCCGAGUUGGCGCACGAGGAGGUCUUACACGACCAUGACUUGAAAGUGUCGAAAGAAGAAGCGCUUCAUGUGGCUGGCCUGACCGAGGCGGAGAAGGUUAUUGAGAACAAGCUUCGACGGAAAAUUGACGGUUUGGUUAUGCCUCUGGUGAUCUUGGUCUACCUCAUGAACUACAUCGACCGCAACAAUUACGCUGCUGCCAAGCUACAGAACCUCGAGAAGGACCUGCAUCUCAAGGGUGACCAAUAUCAGAUUGGUCUGUCGAUUCUAUUUGUCGGCUAUGUCCUUAUGCAGGUCCCAUCCAACUUACUCCUGAAUUUCUCCGGGCGUCCUUCCUGGUACAUUGGCUUCUUCGUUUGCGCUUGGGGUCUGGUCUCCUUGCUCACAUCUCAGGUCAAGACUGCUGGAGACAUCAUUGCUUGCAGGUUCAUCCUUGGUCUGGUCGAGGCACCUUUCUUCGCUGGUGUGCUCUUUUAUCUGAGCAAAUGGUACACCAAAGGUGAGCUAAACCUCCGCAUGAGCAUCUUCUACUCGGGUUCCUUGCUCUCUGGUGCCUUCGGCAACCUUAUCGCUGCAGGUAUCCUCAAUGGUCUUGCUGGCAAGCGUGGGCUGUCUGCUUGGCAGUGGCUGUACAUCGUUGAAGGCUCCAUCACGAUCUUGAUCGGAAUCGUGAUCGUCUUCAUUCUGCCAGAUUUCCCACACACCUGGAAGGCCCUCUCGGACGAGAUGAAGCACGUUGCCAAUCGCCGCAUGGCCAUCGAUGCUGCCGAUGCUGAUAUCGACGCCGCUGGAGGAAUGUCACAGAUCACGGGCAUGAAACUCGCCUUCACUGAUCCCAAAACGUACAUUCUUGCGAUCAUGUAUCAUGGCACGACUGGUGCCGCGGGUUUCCAGAACUUCUUCCCUUCACUCACCAAAGCUCUGUACCCGAACAACAGCACCGUCGCACUGCUUCUCGUCGCCCCGCCAUAUAUCUUUAUGGUCAUCUGGUCGCUGGGCCACAGCAUCGUAUCUGACAAAGUCGGAAACCGCUUCUGGUUUUUCGUUUACCCCAUCCCGAUCGUCUUCCUCGGCUGCUUCAUCUUCAUGUUUGCUGAAGGCUUCGGAGCACGAUACUUUAGCUUGUUCUGUCUGGUCUUUAUCUUCGCGACCAACGGAACCAUCUAUGCUUGGAUCGCAAACGCUAUACCGCGUCCACCUGCCAAGCGGGCAGCUGCACUGGCUUUUGUGAACAGUGUUGGCAAUGCUGCCUCCAUCUGGACACCCUUCACCUACAACCCUAAGCGACACUACGUCUUGGCGAUGUCGAUAAACAUCGGCCUGACCGCGCUGGCUGGCAUUAUGGCGGUUCUUCUACGGAUCGUGUUGACGAAGGAGAAUAAAAAGCUGGCCAGACUGGAGAACAUGGAUGCAGAAUUGACCGAGGCAGACAUGGCACAUCUGAGGAAGACGGCAGAGUUCGAAGGUAUUGACAUUGCGGCUGCGAGACAAUUGCAGAAGGGCUACCGAUAUAUGAUCUAA